AAGCCGCGGGGGCGGGGCGCGGAGGCGAUGUGGGGCGGCGGCGGCGGCCGUAGCCGGCGAUGAGCGGCGGGUGCGCGUGAGAAGCCGGCGGGCGAGGCCGGAGGGCCCCGGAGCGCGAGCCGCAGGGCGGAGGGCGGGGGCGCGAGCGCGGCGGCCGGCGGUGAGGCGGCAGCCGAGAAGAUGGCGGACGGCGACAGCGGCAGCGAGCGCGGUGGCGGCGGUGGCAGCAGCGGCGGGCCCGGCAGCUUCCAGCCCGCGCCCCGCGGCGGCGGCGGCGGCGAGCAGGAGACGCAGGAGCUGGCCUCGAAGCGGCUGGACAUUCAGAACAAGCGCUUCUACCUGGACGUGAAGCAGAACGCCAAGGGCCGCUUCCUCAAGAUCGCUGAGGUGGGCGCGGGCGGCUCCAAGAGCCGCCUUACUCUGUCCAUGGCGGUCGCCGCCGAGUUCCGCGACUCGCUGGGCGACUUCAUCGAGCACUACGCGCAGCUGGGCCCCAGCAGCCCCGAGCAGCUGGCAGCGGGCGCCGAGGAGGGCGGCGGGCCGCGGCGCGCGCUCAAGAGCGAGUUCCUAGUGCGUGAGAACCGCAAAUACUACCUGGACCUCAAGGAGAACCAACGCGGCCGCUUCCUGCGCAUCCGCCAGACCGUGAACCGCGGCGGCGGCGGCUUCGGCGCGGGGCCCGGGCCAGGCGGCCUGCAGAGCGGCCAGACCAUCGCCCUGCCGGCGCAGGGCCUCAUCGAGUUCCGAGAUGCGCUAGCCAAACUCAUCGACGACUACGGGGCUGAAGACGACGAGCUGUCAGGCGGCCCGGGUGGCGGCGGCGGGCCCGGGGGCGGCCUCUAUGGGGAGCUCCCCGAGGGCACUUCCAUCACGGUGGACUCCAAGCGCUUCUUCUUCGACGUAGGCUGCAACAAGUACGGCGUGUUCCUGCGAGUGAGCGAGGUGAAGCCGUCCUACCGCAACGCCAUCACUGUGCCCUUCAAGGCCUGGGGCAAGUUCGGAGGCGCCUUCUGCCGGUACGCGGAUGAGAUGAAGGAGAUCCAGGAGCGACAGAGGGAUAAGCUUUACGAGCGCCGCGCUGGGGGGAGCGGCGGUGGCGACGAGUCUGAGGGCGAGGAGGUGGAUGAGGAUUGAAGCGUGCGGCCUCCCCCACCCCACCAUCGUCCCCUUGGCUGGAGAGCUCUCUUUCCUGCUCAUCCGCGGUGAGCUCAUGGAGAGAGAGCGAGGGAGGCCGCCGAAAAGAAAACAAAACAAAUAAUAUAGUUAAGAGAACAGUCGAGGACAAUACGAGGAAAUAAGUAAAGUUACAAGGAACUGACAGCAACCUGCAAAGAAGGACAACAGCGUCUCCUCAACCUACAAAAGUUUGAGCUUGUUUCCCAACCCGGGUUCCUAAAUCCAUCAGGUGAACCAUGGAGCUCUAGAGUAGAUCUUUGAACAUCUGGUUCCCAAAACAUCUGAGUGUUCCCAGACCCCACCCAUUGAUAGUUGAAUUUGUGUUGUACCUGGGUAAUCUCAAGAUCUCACUAGGCCUCAUCACUGUUGCAGUGUCUUCACCUCCAUUGAAAUCAGCAUUUUGGAUUUGGAUCUUCGUGGAGUCUUUAGAAGAAAGAGGCCUUUGCAGAUACCCAGUUCUGGGGUGCAGGUUUAUGGAAAAGAAUGCAACUUUACACAGUCACGGACAGGGCAGAAGAAUAAUUUGAGAAGCCACUGAAAAUGCAGAAAAACAAUUUGAAUCCAUUUUUUAGAAAAUGGUUCUGCAUGAAACCUGGACCAAGGCCCAUGUCUUUAAUUUGCAGAAUUGUUUUCUAGGGUGCAAAUGAAUCCGGCUAUCAAUGCUUCAACAAGAAUCCAUUACUAAAACAGUUUUUACAAGUUGGCAAAAUUAUUUUUUCCACAAAUAAAAGCAAGUUUAUGUUGGGGAUUGCUGAGGUAGGCACAAGAAGUCAGACAUAAAGCACAAGGCAGACUGUUUGAGUGGAUUGGUUGCUGCUCACUAAAGUUCUUCCCUUGAUCUCUAAGUAUGGAGGUCAUUACCAAGAGAUGGCUUGGAUAUGACUGAGAGCCAGAUCCCUAUGGCUCCAACGUAGGAGCCAGUGAAUUAUGGCUAAUUCGGCUGUUUGGGCCACUGGUUGGCUGCAUUUUAAACCAUAAAACUUGACUUACCUGCAAAAGGAACAGUGUGGCUACGAGCUUGAGCUUUAAUGGAAUAUACAUCCUCACAGGAAAGUUGGAAAUAACCAAAACUGAAGUCUUAAUUUACCUUCAGUUUAAUCUGUGGAUUUCUACGAAUACUAAAGAUCCUCAGGUCCAGAAUUCCAGCAUCAUUUAUUCUUUUAAAAUAAAUUUUUAAGAACUUGAUCCAUUGUAUCAGUACCUCACAAUCAGAGUUGGCAAAUGAUGGAUGAGUGAUUCAAGCAAUGCACCAGUGGAAGCGGAAAUCCAUCUGCGAAUGGAACUGAAGUGAACGAAUGUGCUGACUACAUCCUAGAAGCAUUUUUAUACCAUCUUGAAAUUUCAACAGACUGGCUUUUGCCAGUUUAUCCAGCUGUCGUUCAAGAAUAAAAGUUGGGGUUUUCAAGGAUCGCCUCUUCUAUAUUUUAAGUGGAUUUUCAGUAGAAAUGAUUUUUACUAGUCAAGUUAAUCCCACUCCCAUCGAAAGGUAUUCCUAGAAAUGUCAUAGACCUAGGUAACUUUGAAUUGAAUGAGAGCUCAUGUUCUUUCCAAAGUUUUCAGGUAUUCUUGGUGUGACACUUUCUCAACAGGAGGCAAGUAACUCCACCUCCACAAUCUUAGUAUUUUUUUUAACUGCAUGCCUGCCCUUCAUUUGAGCUGCCUUUUUAAUUUAUUGCAUAUCCUUUUUAUUAUCUUAUUUUGGUAUUAUUCAAUCUAUACAAUCUUUUUGUAUUUAUUGGGAAAUAAGUAAUAUACAAAAAGGUUUUCAUGUAUCUGUGGCUGAGAUCGAGGGAAAUAAUUGUGUAUAUAAAUUAGGCUUUUUUAAAAAUAGAUUAUGAUUCACAAUAUUGUUGAUCUUAGAUUUAAACAACAACAAAAAGUGGAAGAGCCACAAACAUUGGUGCCCUUUUCAGACUUUCUCUACUCUCAUCAUCCACAGUAGAAUUUUUAAACAGAUUUUUUUAAAAGCUUUUCUUUUAAAUUUUUCUCCGUUGCAAAGAAUGUUUCCUAAAUUGUAUGGGAGCAAUAGUAUUUUUGAUGUUUUAAUGACAUCCGUAUACUUGUACUGUAUUUUGUACUACAAGGCAGCUGUUUUCAAUAAUGUCCUGCUGUAUUUACCUAUGUGUUUUGAGUGUUUAUUUCUUUGCUGCGGAGAACAAAUUCCUAGUUUUAGUAAAGGAGCUGAGAAGCUAGCAUUAGGUUUGCAGAAACUGCUUAAGUUUCCAACUCUGAGGCAGCAAUGAAAAUUAAGUUGCAGCCAUUAGUUGAUUGCUGUAACUGUUGCGCUUUCAAACCAUGUACAAUUCCUGUAUAGACCAACUUGUUUUCUUGCUUCGGUGGUUCUGUUGCUCAGCUGCAGUGAGCCAGUUCAAUUUUGCAAAGGUGCAGUACCUCUCCUUUUCAAGGGGUUGGUUUAUUUUUCUUUUUGUUUGGCUGAAUUGCAGUGACUAGCCUUGCCAUUCUACUCUGUAGAAAUGACAGGGUCUUCACAAUCCUUCACCAGUGGCUACUAAGCUAUAAUUAGCUGAAUAGAAAGAAUGUGGAAGUGGUCUGAGGCAUAUAGAGCAAUAUGCCAAGAACACUACCAUAUAUGGCAUCAGCUUUGGUUACCAGAGAAAUUUUCUUAGUCAUUAGACCAUAUAACAGUAAUAUAUCAUAUGUAAAUCUUUAGAUAUCAAUUUGAGAAUCCUCCAAAAAAAGGAGCAAAGAAUGCAUAAGCUAUGUGUUGGCAAAAGUAAUUUAUAUUAAAAUUUUGACCUGCCUAUGUAAGAUUUAAGUGGUAAAUGUCAUAGUGGUGGGUUUUUAAGUCUUAACCAAUCUCUAAGGUUUAUUUCUCCUGCAGAGGGUGGUUAGCAGCCUCUCUUCCCGCUGUAGGAAGAUUGCAGAAGGUUGUAGAUUAAUUGUAGCAUUUCACUGAUCCUCAUUCCAGUGGCUAGGGAUAAUGGAAACCUGCAAAUCACAGAGAUUCGAUCGUAAAUAUGAGUUUCUUGAAGGAAAUGGUCUUUGUCAGCCCCAGUGAGACGAUGGCAUUGUACAGAGUAUGGGAAACAACCAACUUUUUUUGUUUUUCGCGCUGAGUGCUGUUUAUGUUAGUACUCUGAAGGAUUUAGAGGUUUUUAAAUUUGGCAGGCAUCCCAGAUAAUCAAAACAGUUGUAUUCCUGAGAAGCAGGGAACUCUAAAGCUCCUUCAAAUAAUCGGUGGAAGGUUUGUUUUUCUAACUACCUUAACUACCGAACGAGAAGUCGGAUUUUAGGAACAGAAUGAGAUCCUGCUCCUUUCUGGUUUCUAUUGUCCCUACCCAUCGUUUUAGCAGUGAAACAGCAGUUGUAGUCAGCAAAUUUUUCAGUGCAUAUGCUGCACACAAAACAAAACACAAAUCUGUAUGGCACCAAAAAUCCAAGUGAAAACUAAACCAAAAACCCAGACACCCUAUGUAACUGUUGGAGGCAUGUAGGUGGUACCAGUGACAGUGGCCUCCACGGCUGCUUGUCAUAUGUCACUUUCCAUAAUUAUUUACUGCAGAGUGACUGAGAGGCUCGUGGCGCAGGCAGCCAUUAACCUCCUGCUCCCUUUGUUACCACUGGGUCACUUUGCAGUAAAUUGCAGGUCUUUUAAGAAAGUCAAGCUUCGGUUUUCUCAAAACAAAACAAUUCUCCUGUCUUAUCUGAAAAUGCAGGGUUGUGGGCAGAAGAGGCUGGUUAUAAUAAUGCCCUCAUAUUGAGUGGUCUGUAAACGGCAGCACACUUCCGGCACGACAGUCGGUCGCUCAGACGCUGUGUGAAUGUGACCUUGACUGGCUUUCCAGGGGGUCGGGUGUAGUCUACCUGAGGUGACUGUGCUGUGUCUGCGUUGCGCUCGAGGUAGAGGGCGCCAAGGGGAGGCUGGAGUGUGUAAGCCAUGCACAUAAGUAUUCUUCACUGUAAAUUUUGUUUUCAUUUAUAACCCAAUUAUGGUACUUUGUCCAAUGCACAACUGAUCUCUCAGUAGAUAUUCAUUUGAAAAUAGUGUGGCCUUGAUGAGUGAGAAAGGGAGGAGAGAAGUGGCUUUUUCACUGAUGUAAAAAUGCUGAGAGUGGCGACUUUGCGGCACUCUUGGUGUGGUUUUUGAUCAGUCUCCUUUUUGAUUGGGGAAAGUCGAUGUUUCUGACCCUGAAGAUAACCUAAUUGAGUUUUCUUCUGUUUUUAGGAAGUAUCAGAAUUGCUCUGAUGAAAAACAAAGUUGACUGCUUUGAUAUCCAAUCUCAGGUUUUAAAAUAUAGUGGUGUAAAAUCCCACUAUUGUGAUUCAAACAAUUUUAAUUUCGUGUACCCAGAAGUCACAUACGAAGGCCUGUUCACCAAGCAGAGCCUCCAUCCUUUUGCUCCUUUUCCGCUCUGUACUUCACUUGAAAAAGUCAAGUGAGCUUGCAUUGUAUAUUUCCAUUUUAACCCUGGCAUUUCUCAAUGAUAAAGCACUUUUUGAUCAUGAAAUACAUGGAAUCGUUGUGUGAUGUGGAUCAUGGUUUCUCAGGCUCCCCCCUAGAUAAUCUGCUUAUGAAUAUUGUUCUAACUCUGUGUCAGAAGAGUAGAAAUCUUUGCUAAUGUUAGGAAGUUUGUAUUACUGAUCCAGAAUGCAUUUUGCUAGUUUCCAAUGGAUGGGAGAGUAAACAAUGCUGCAUUCACAAUUUAAUGAGUUACUUUCCCUCGAGCCUUAAGGUAAUUUUUUUUUUCUUUUCUGUCAACAACAGCACUGAAGUUAUAGUAAAUGAAUGAGAUUAUCUGUUUUCAGGGUUGGUUUUAGAGUACUGUAAAUCAAUUAGCUGUCUUCCUAAAGAGUUUCAACUCCUGUUCAGUAGACUGGAUAGUGGGUGUGUAGGGUGGGUCUGGGGUGGGGGGGAGAUGGUUUGUAGAAAAGAAAAGAGAAAAAAAAGAACCAUGUUUACCUUUAGAAAAUAGAGAUGAAAAAGCAAAAGGUCAUGUCCUAUAUUCUGUUUGAUGUUCCAGAGGUAACGAGGAAAUGACACAUAUAACUUCAUUUCCCCUUUUCUUUACUUAGAGAAACAAAGACAUUAAUUUUAAAAUGUUAGUCCCCAGAAGUUCUAAGAGAUAACUGGACUCUGGAGUGGUGAGUUUUGGUUAAAGUCCUCUGGGCCGGUCAUAAUGGAUUUAACAGACUGAGUUUGAACAAAUGGUCCAGGUGUCAGUAUUAAAAAUUAAAUUUGGAAAAAUAAUAAAAUGUUGUCAUGAAGUCUUGUUCCCCUAGUGAUUCCCAAUUAAUAUCUAUGUCCCAAUCCACGUAAGGCCUUUAUGAAUGUAUUUUAUAUUUCCUGGUGAAAUAGGGAGUAUGCCAUCAAGGUGAUCUCUAGUCGCAAUCUCUCAUCUGAAGCUCUAGUGAGACAUUCCAGAGGAGCCAUGUUCCAGCAGCAGAUACCAGGUUGCUAUCUUACUGCUCAGUAGGAGUAAAGAGUUGGAGUAAAGAGACGGCAGAACUUGGUGAGAAGCUGACAUGUUAGCCAUUUUCUUCCGUAGAUGAUUCUAACAGUUUAAGGAAAGUUUUUGGCUUUUUGUUUUGUUUUCUGGAUGAAAGAUUCUAACUUUCAGAAUAUGGGACUUUGAAUUAAGGAGCCAGUUUCACUUUCCCCAUGUUAUUUAACAUUCACUGCAUAGAUAAGAGGCGACUGACCAUACCUUUUUUGUGUGAUGAAAUGUGGGUCCCAGGUACUGGAGAGAAAGCCUAGUCAGUGGUGUUAGCAUUCUGCAGAAGGCAGGUUAUGUCUUUUUUUCCCCCUGUACUGUCAGUAGCUAAGAAAAUUUAUUUGGGUGCUGUCCUAUUUUUCUUAAGGCAAAAUAUUUUAUCUACUUCUAUUGCAAAAUCGGGAUGGUUAGUAAAAUCUUAAUAUUUGGAAAUAGAAUGGUGAGUGGUUUAUUUCUCCAUACAUUUUUUUUCAAAGACAAAAAACUAUAGGGAAGGUUCCAAGAAAUUUUAAAAGAACAGGAUUAUAUCACUAAACAUUUGAAAUUUGAGUUUCUUUUUGUUGUUUUUGAGACAGGGUCUCAUUAUAUGGUGUAGGCUGGCAUUGAACUCAUUUAUGUAGCCCAGGCUGGCCUGGAACUCACAGUAGUCCUGCCUCAGCCUCCCAAGUGCUGGGACUAUAGGCGUGUGCCAUCACACCCUGCAGGAGUUUCAUUUUAAACUGAUACUAAGCAUAAACCCUUUCUCUGACCUGACACCCCCUGUGGACAGAAUCUCUGGCUUCCUAAAUGUCAUUGAUUGGGCAGAAAGUCUAGGAAUUAUGUUUAAAUCAGCAGAUACUUUCUACCAGGAGUCUGUGGACUUACAGAUCUUGGUAGCAGGCAGGUCUUUAUGUUUCCAAGACUUAACCGUGUCUCAGUAGCAACUAAGAUUGUAUGAGGUAUGGACUUCCCUCUUCUGAAGCCAUUCUCUGGAACAGUCAGGUUGAUAGAGAUGGACUCUCCCUUUGGAACUUUCAUCCAGAUGUCUUUCCAAGACUAUCAUAAGAAUCACCCAUCUUGCGACAUGUUUCCCGACACCUGGCUCGUUGCGUAGGCAUCUCUCUGCGCCUGCACUGGGACUGCCAGGGAUGCAGAAGUCAUUUAAGUGAAUUAAAACCAAAUCUUGGUAGCAGGAAACAGCUUCCUGACCUAGAUGUACAAUUAGAGUGUAGGUUGGAAACUACUUUAAAAAGGGUUUUUUUGGUAUGUCUUCAAUCUGUGUAAAUACCAGCGUGCUUAUUAUGCAUUGUAAACCAAGUGUGUUUGCCUAUGUAUAAAUUUGUAGAACUGAUUUCUGCUUCAAGUGAAGCCGCACCUUUCAUUUUAUAAGGUCCCCUCCACCUGGAACCCUAUACCUGUUUGUAAAUAGAACACUAAAAUUUGUAGUGCUAGGAUCAAUUUGGGAAUAUCUGCUGAGAGACCAAAAAGUUCAUUUUUUUAAGUACCUUGGUUAAAGAGUAAAGAUUAUUCCUCUUGCUUAUUUUGUAAAAGAAGAAUGCACUUUAACAAACAGCUGCACGGGCAAUUGAAACCAACCGUGAGGUGCAGCACCCAUUCAGAAAUCACCCUUCCUGAAAACGUUCAAAGCAGAGUCCGGGCGGGCUGUUGGCCUCACUGCCUGUAGGUUGAAGCUCAGAUUCUUACCAGUUUGGAGACGAGCAGGGCUGCUUGGAGAAAGCGAUGUGAAUCCAGCCAGAAGCUUCAGACAGGUCUGUAAAGUGGCGGGUCCCGUAUUUACCACUAACAAGCAAAACUGACAGAAAAACUCACAGAAAAAAGUCUAAGAACCCUUCCUGCUGGUGUGCACUCCUUAUGAUAGCAGACUUUUGCAAAUGGAGUUUUACAGUCUAUAUUUAAAAAAUUGUAUGUUUGUAACAAAUAAAGUAUGCGGAAAAGUGAAUGACAA